AUGUCAAAGCCUGAAGAAAUGUGUACCGGGAAUGCCUGCUUUGCCAAAGUCGAGAUAUUCACUGAUGAGAAAACGGCCAUCAUGCAGAAAGGUUGUAUAACGGAUAUCCCUGGAGGACAGAAAGGUUGCCAAUACGCCAGUAACAACGAGGCCCUUCAUUGUUUCUGUGAAGAAAAUGAGUGCAAUACAAGACAAAAGAUGAACAACUACAUGACGAAUCGACUACCCACCGUGGAAUGUUGUGCGUGUUCUGAGAGGCACGGUGAACACUGUCCAACAGAGAGCUGCCUGCGCAAGUGUAGAGGAAACUAUUGCGUUGUCGACUUUGAUGGCAUCGAGCAGGGCUGUGGCUUGGGAUUCCCCCGUCUGCAAUCGUUUCUGAGGAUGGAUAACUACCUGGAUUAUCAAGGAUCAUUAAUUUGUGCAAGAUAUGAAGCUACACCUGGGACAGUCAUGAAUGGUUGCACAUGUACUCAACCAUCCGGAUCUUGCAAUGAAUUGAAUAAAACCAGAAACUUCCAGGUGAAAAAAGUCAUCGAACGGCGAUUAGAUGACCAGAACUACUGUUACAGUCUAAACCACAAAUCGUCCAAGCCGUUCGGGCAAGAAGUGUUCAAAAAGUCAACCACUUGUGAGGGACAAUUUUGUUUUAUUUCCUAUACAACGUCAGAAAUUGUUCUGGAGAGUGCUGACUUCAAGCAUGAUUACUCGGAACACUCGGAAUUCAUUGGCACGACGAGACCACGAUAUGAGAUUUUGGCUGGCUGCUUGAAAGUUGAUGAUGACGAGAAAAUUUCUGUGGGAUGUACAACAGAAUACUUGAAAAAUACCAGUGAUCCUCUCAGUAAGCACUGUAUAUGCGACAGUCACUUGUGUAACUUCCAUCAUCUGAUCAGCGGCAGAGAAGACACGAGACCAAGGGCGACGAAGAAGCAACAGGUCUGUUUUUGGCGAUUAAAACACUUGAUCCACAACUAA